AUGGGUGCCAUCAAUGUUCUGAUGACUAUUGCUUCUGUCUAUUUCGUUGACAAACAAGGACGUCGAACGUUGCUGCUUGGUAGCUUUAUUGGAAUGUUCGUCACCACGGCAAUUAUUGCAAUUUCUAUACUUUCCGCUAAACAUGUUGCAGCCCUUCAUUGGUUCUCCUAUGUGGCAGUACUGGCCGUACUUGCUUUUGUGAUUUCCUUUGCUGCUGGAGCAGGCUCAAUUCCCUGGUUCUUCGUGAGCGAGGUGUUUCCCUUAAAUGCUCGUGGGAAGGCCAACUCAGUCGCUGUUUUCACCAACUGGUUCUGCACGUUUGCUGGUUUAAUGCACGAAUUUUCCUUCCUUGUAUUCACUGGUCUAGUCGGCUUGUUCAGUCUAUUCAUUUGGAAGUACGUGCCAGAAACGAAGAAUAAGACAUUGAUGCAGGUGUAUGUCGAGAUGGACCGUCGUAGGGGAAUCCAGCGUGAUUGGCAUAAUAAUAUUCAAGCGGAGCCUGAGAAGACUAAAUCGAAUACUAAAAUGAAUAAAGUACCUGAGAAUACUAAAACUAAGGAUAAGAAAAUAUAUGAUAAUUUCUAA